AUGGGCAUGGAGCUAUUACGAAUGCAGAAUGUAAGGUGGGUACGCCGCUUGCAAUUAGGUAUAGUUACUCUAACCAUAUCCUCGGUACCAACUCUUUACUUUCUGUCAAAUGGUCCGUACUUGAAGGAAUAUUUUGAGAAACGAUAUGGACUUUCUUCUGUGCUGCCAAGUCACUUGCAAGAUAUCGUUAAUUCUGAAUAUGAAAACUUUCUAAUGUCUGACGAUCGAAUACGAAAGAAAAAGAAAGUUACUUUUUACUUGUUGACUUCCGAAAAAUAUUUAGAUUCAGUCACUCAUGGCGCAUUGAAUAGUCCAUGGGGUGCGAGAGUAGCCUUGCCAUUUUAUACUCAAUUUCAAACAUUUGACGAAGCCUAUAAUUAUUGUAAAGAAAAGCUGGAACCAAUGUUAUUUAUGAAUGGAAAAGCUUGUGUUGUUUGGGAAUCAGAUAUAGGUCGUCAGAUUAUUGAAACAUUUGUUCUCAGCAAAAAUGCUUUAAAAUUCAUGGUUCAGCGAGAUUUGAGGGCUCAUGAGCCUGUAAAAAGGUCAGCAUUGUUUGCAUUUUACUGGUGUUGCUAUACGAGUAUUGCUUUUAUGCUGGCUCAUAUAAUGGUCAAUUAUUACCUUCGUAGGAAUUUGUUAUGGUUUUGCGGAUUGUCUACAGUUCUAAAUGCUCCCGCAUGGUGGGGUAGUAUGCAAAAUGCUAGACUUGAUUGGCAUACCACAGAUCAAUCUGCUGAUGCCGAUGCAGCUCGGAUGUCUGUAGAUUAUGGCACAGGUGGUAAAGAAUUUUAUCAAAAGUUGCUGAAACGAAAUCGAUUGUUACGCGAGCUAAUCCCUGACGGUAUAAAGAAAGUAUCUACUGUGGGGGAUCCUGUUGAUGCCAACACAUCAUAUUGGUACCGGUAUAUGGCAUUAAUGGAUUUAGAUGCGGAAAAUAAACUAUUAGAUGGAAUAAGUUCUACUGGAGAUUCCUGA